AUGACCUUGCAUCACCCUGAUGAGCCAUACCCGAUGGAUAAGGUAUACGAAGCGGCAGUAUUCUUACUACCGGGAACAGUGGCGGUAGUCGCCACCAGUAUACCUCUUCGGACAACUAGCCAAGCUCCCCGCACGUCUGCAAGUACGGUUCCGAUGAUGCAGCCUUCUGGCAGUGUCGUUGUGAAACAGGAAUAUAACUUGCAGAAUGCGCAAUACGAGUGCUAUUUUUGCGGAGGCUGGAACCACAUCGCUCGGUACUGCAGUCACCACCGAGAGUACAUCACGAGUGGGAGAAUAAUCGAGACGGACGGUAAGGUAUUCAUGCCAGACGAUAGUAGGAUUCCCGGCGGAAGAGAGGACAGAUCAAUGAAGCAACAAAUUGACACGCUCGCCAGUCAAUCACCAGCGACAGGAGCUAACACCAUUCAGGUCCAGGCUGGGCUAUAUUUCCGCGCAGCCCUGGACAUCGAGAUAGUUGCGGAAAUUGACUCAUCUGCAUUCAUGCAUACCCGCAGUGAACCACUGGAAGACGAGGAAGAAUUCGAACAGUUGGAAAGGAUCCAACUAGCGAACCAAGGAUAUGCAGUAUUUACCGCCAAACACGCGAAGAAAACAAACAAGGGGAAAGGUGUACGGUUUGACGGCGUCGAUGUAUCGUCACGCCCGAGGCUGGGCCCAUCGUCAAAAACCUCAAAACAAACAGAGGAGAUCGCAUCUCCGCAAGUGAAAGAGGCAAAGACUGGGAAAGCACCGAACCCCAGAACCUCUGUCUUAAAACCGGCUACUAAGGCACCUAUUGCAACUCCGGCCACCGCAUCAUCAUCACAAGCACCGCAAUAUCGCUAUGUGUUUCUGCUAGAAGAUAAGGACACGGAAAAGAGGGUCAUUGAUAAAAUCCUGGAUACAGACGUAAGUUUGCCGAUAAGGGACAUAAUCGCAGCUUCGCCGGAUAUCUGGAAGGCGAUAAAAGACCUUACAAUGUCUAAACGAGUCACGGUUGGUGCAGUACUGGUAAAUGAGCUCAGUAGCCUUCCUCGGACGGAUCAAUUCCUGAGGGACUGGGAAGAGCAUAUGAAGCGAGCUGAGGAUGGUCGUAUCGUUGCUGACCAUUUUAAAGCCCUGCGAUGUAUCCGAGGCAUUACGAGAGGGGGCCAGGUACUCUCCUGUGUCCUCGAUCAAGGCGCCGAGGUCAUCGUAAUGUUGCAAGCAGUUUGGCGAUCGCUCGGCGGAGUUCCGCUUCGCUCGGACUACCAGAUGACCAUGGAAUCAGUCAACACGUCGAUGGAUUCAACACUAGGCGUCAUGGAAAACUUUCCGCUGGACUUCAGGACGGGGGAUAUGAUGUUUCAGGUUCAGAUCGUCCCGAUGGCCAACUUUGACAUACUGCUCGGCAGGCCAUUCUUUACGUUAACCAGUUGUCUGACCACCAACCUUCCUAAUGGCGAUCAGGAUGUCACGCUCACCGAUCCGAACACCGGCAAAAUUAUUAGGAUACCUAUGGAACCUUGGACUAGAAAGUGCGCUAAGUGUAGGCACAAUAUGUUGUGUGUGGAACAUCCGAGUCCGAAGGGUUUUUAA